AUGGCGGAGACGAAUCCGGAGCUGCGGGCCAAGCUGCAGGAGCUGGACCACGAACUCGAGGAGGGCGACAUCACACAGAAGGGGUAUGAGAAGCGGAAGACGGUGCUGCUGUCACAGUACCUGGGCCCCGAAUUUGCGGCGCAAUUGCAGAACGACGUGCGCCAUCAGAGCUUAGCCCAGAGCGAUGGCUCAGGUUCCCGCAGCGCAUCGCUCGCCGCCCUCUCUGCCCCAAACCCGAACCCAAGCCCAAACCCACUCCAACCGCCGCAUAUUGAACUCCCACGACCCGACUCGUACCAUGACAGCUCCGCCACGGGCACCAUGGGCUCCUCCAUGGGCCACUAUGCCAGCUCCUCGACGAGCACCGCCGGCAACUCCCAGUACAUGGCAUACCCACCGAGCCAGGUAGGCCGUUUCCAAGAGAAGCAGCUGGGCCUACGCACCACGUCACUGCAGCGCAACGCCUCUCAACUGUCCCAGGGGAGUGAGACCUUCAUACCGCGCCCACAGACACCCGAAUACAACUACUCGCGCGAGCCGACCAUGAUGGGCAACUAUGCCUUCAACCCAGACACCCAGCAGGGCUUUGAGAACGGAUAUGGCUCACCGGGAGAGGCUAGCAGGAGGAGCACGAUGCUGGAUGUGAACCAGGGCUAUUUCUCCGACUUCACAGGACAGCAGAUGCAGGACCAGCGCGACUCGUAUGGUGGACCGAACCGCUACUCCACAGGCGACGCCUUCUCUCCAACUGCUGCGAUACCACCGCCCAUGAUGAACCCGAGCGACCUUCCCAUCGGUGCUGCAGACACAAUGCUGCCACUAGAACCUCGAGACCUGCCCUUCGACGUCUACGACCCUCACAACCACAACAUCAAAAUGUCCAAGUUCGACAACAUCGGCGCUGUAUUGCGCUAUCGCGCUCGCACACAGCCGAGGACCACUGCCUUCUGGGUCUUGGAUGCAAAGGGCAAGGAAACGGCUUCCAUCACUUGGGAGAAAGUGGCCAGUCGUGCUGAAAAGGUAGCCAAAGUCAUUAGGGAUAAGAGCAACCUGUAUCGUGGCGAUCGCGUAGCGCUCGUGUACAGAGACACGGAGAUUAUCGAAUUCGUCGUGGCUUUGAUGGGAUGCUUCAUCGCAGGCGUUGUAGCGGUACCCAUCAAUAGCGUCGAUGAUUAUCAGAAACUCAUCCUCCUCUUGACCACAACUCAGGCACAUCUUGCACUGACCACAGACAACAACCUCAAGGCCUUCCAUCGUGACAUUAGUCAGAACCGUCUGAAGUGGCCGAGCGGAGUCGAGUGGUGGAAAACCAACGAGUUUGGAAGCUACCACCCCAAGAAGCAUGACGACACCCCGGCCUUGCAAGUACCCGAAGUAGCAUACAUCGAGUUCUCGCGCGCGCCAACCGGCGACUUGCGCGGUGUCGUACUGAGUCACCGCACCAUCAUGCACCAGAUGGCUUGUAUCAGCGCCAUGGUUAGCACAAUACCUGCCAACCACCAAAGUCAGGACACUUUCAACGGCAACCUACGAGAUUCAUCCGGCAAAUUCGUCGCGCCAGUACAGAGCAGAACGCCGACUGAAGUCAUUCUUUCCUACCUCGAUCCGCGCGAAAGCGCUGGUCUCAUCCUUAGUGUCCUAUUUGCCGUCUACGGCGGUCACACCACAGUUUGGUUGGAAACACCGACAAUGGAGACGCCAGGUCUAUACGCACAUCUCAUCACCAAGUACAAGUCGAACAUCCUGAUCGCCGACUAUCCGGGCCUCAAACGCGCAGCGUACAACUAUCAGCAGGAUCCCAUGGCUACGCGGAAUUUCAAGAAGAACACCGAACCCAACUUUGGCUCAGUCAAGAUCUGCCUGAUCGACACACUCACUGUUGAUUGCGAAUUCCACGAGAUUCUUGGAGAUCGUUACUUUAGACCUCUGAGGAAUCCCAGAGCACGAGAGCUCAUUGCGCCUAUGCUAUGCUUGCCCGAGCACGGUGGUAUGAUAAUCUCAGUACGCGACUGGUUGGGUGGUGAAGAGCGUAUGGGAUGUCCGUUAAGCAUAGCACCGGAAGAGUCGGAUGGUGAGGAUGAGGCCGAGGACAAGGGCGCGGCAGCCAAUGGUUAUUCCAGUCUCAUCGGAGGCGGCACCACGAACAACACCAAGGAGAAGAAAAAGAAGAGUCCAACCGAGUUGACCGAAAUAUUGCUAGAUAAGGAAGCACUGAAGCUGAACGAAGUUGUUGUUUUGGCCAUUGGAGAGGAAGUGAGCAAGCGUGUCAACGAACCCGGCACUAUGAGAGUCGGUGCUUUUGGCUACCCGAUACCAGACGCGACGCUGGCCGUCGUUGAUCCGGAGACUAAUCUUUUGUGUUCACCCUAUUCCAUAGGAGAGAUCUGGGUAGACUCGCCAUCAUUGUCCGGAGGGUUUUGGCAGCUGCAGAAGCACACUGAGACUAUUUUCCACGCUCGGCCAUAUCGUUUCGUAGAGGGCAGCCCAACCCCGCAACUACUCGAACUGGAGUUUCUACGCACUGGACUGCUCGGAUGCGUGGUAGAAGGCAAAAUCUUCGUAUUAGGCCUGUACGAGGACCGGAUUAGGCAGCGCGUUGAAUGGGUAGAGCACGGUCAGCUAGAAGCCGAACAUAGGUAUUUCUUCGUGCAGCAUCUUGUCACCAGCAUUAUGAAAGCUGUUCCAAAGAUUUACGACUGCUCGUCUUUCGAUUCCUAUGUCAACGGCGAAUACUUACCAAUCAUCCUUAUCGAGACACAAGCCGCAUCAACUGCUCCCACAAAUCCAGGCGGGCCACCACAACAACUUGACAUUCCUUUCCUAGACUCUCUUUCUGAGCGAUGUAUGGAGGUACUGUAUCAAGAACACCACCUUCGGGUGUAUUGUGUGAUGAUCACUGCACCGAACACACUCCCGCGAGUCAUCAAGAACGGUCGACGAGAAAUUGGAAACAUGCUUUGCCGGAGAGAGUUUGACAAUGGCUCGCUACCCUGCGUUCACGUCAAGUUUGGCGUCGAGAGGUCGGUCCAGAAUAUUGCGCUAGGUGAUGAUCCUGCUGGCGGCAUGUGGUCUUACGAGGCGUCGAUGGCACGCCAGCAGUUCCUGAUGCUUCAAGAUAAGCAGUACUCCGGAGUGGAUCACAGGGAAGUCGUUAUUGACGACAGAACGUCGACGCCGCUCAACCAAUUUUCCAACAUUCAUGACCUUAUGCAAUGGCGUGUACAACGACAAGCUGAAGAGCUCGCCUACUGCACUGUAGAUGGUCGAGGUAAAGAGGGCAAAGGCGUCAACUGGAAGAAGUUCGACCAGAAGGUCGCAGGUGUCGCCAUGUACCUGAAGAACAAGGUCAAGGUUCAGACUGGUGACCACCUGCUCUUGAUGUACACCCACUCGGAAGACUUUGUCUAUGCCGUACACGCGUGUUUCGUCCUUGGAGCCGUGUGUAUACCCAUGGCACCAAUCGACCAGAACAGGCUAAAUGAAGACGCGCCCGCACUACUACAUAUCAUUGCCGACUUCAAGGUCAAGGCUAUACUCGUCAAUGCUGACGUAGACCACUUGAUGAAGGUCAAGCAAGUAUCGCAGCACAUCAAACAGUCAGCCGUUAUUCUCAAGAUCAACGUACCGAAUACCUAUAACACCACAAAACCACCUAAGCAGUCUAGUGGUUGCCGCGAUCUUAAGCUCACAAUACGACCUGCUUGGAUACAAUCUGGUUUCCCUGUUCUAGUAUGGACAUACUGGACACCUGACCAGAGACGCAUAGCUGUGCAGUUAGGUCACAGCCAAAUCAUGGCGCUGUGCAAAGUUCAGAAAGAAACGUGCCAGAUGACGAGCACACGGCCCGUCCUUGGAUGUGUUCGUAGCACGAUCGGUCUUGGCUUCAUACACACCUGUGUUAUGGGUAUCUUCCUCGCAGCGCCAACUUACCUUGUGUCACCUGUCGAUUUUGCGCAAAACCCGAACAUCCUCUUCCAGACCAUGUCGAGAUACAAGAUCAAGGACGCGUAUGCGACCAGCCAAAUGCUGGACCACGCUAUUGCACGAGGUGCUGGCAAGAACAUGGCUCUGCACGAGCUCAAGAAUCUCAUGAUCGCGACUGACGGUCGGCCACGCGUAGACGUUUACCAGCGUGUGCGAGUACACUUCUCGCCAGCAAGUCUGGACCGAACGGCAAUCAAUACCGUUUACUCACACGUACUGAAUCCUAUGGUCGCAUCGCGGUCAUACAUGUGCAUCGAACCCAUAGAACUACAUCUCGACGUCGGUGCCCUUCGAAGAGGUCUCAUCAUGCCUGUCGACCCAGACACGGAACCUGGUGCUCUCUUAGUCCAGGACUCGGGUAUGGUACCAGUUAGUACACAAAUCUCAAUCGUGAACCCAGAGACCAACCAGCUUUGUCUGGUCGGCGAGUAUGGCGAGAUUUGGGUGCAGUCCGAAGCGAACGCGCAUAGCUUCUACGGCUCGAAGGAACGGUUGGAUGCAGAACGCUUCAAUGGCAGGACUGUCGACGGAGACCCGAACGUGCGAUACGUUCGCACUGGAGAACUAGGGUUUCUACACAAUGUUACACGACCGAUUGGCCCCAACGGUGCGCCAGUUGACAUGCAAGUUCUGUUUGUUCUGGGCAGCAUUGGCGAUACGUUUGAAGUCAACGGUCUUAAUCAUUUCUCAAUGGACAUUGAGCAGUCUGUAGAGCGCUGCCACCGGAAUAUUGUUCCUGGAGGAUGCGCCGUUUUCCAAGCAGGUGGCCUUGUCGUCAUCGUUGUGGAGAUUUUCCGUCGCAACUUCCUCGCAAGCAUGGUCCCUGUCAUCGUAAAUGCCAUCUUGAACGAACACCAACUCGUUAUCGAUAUCGUGUCCUUCGUGCAGAAGGGUGACUUCCACAGGUCUCGUCUUGGCGAGAAGCAAAGAGGCAAAAUCCUAGCGGGCUGGGUAACGAGGAAGAUGCGUACAAUUGCGCAAUACAGUAUUCGUGAUCCAAAUGGCUCGGACGCGCAAAUGAUCAGUGAAGAGCCUGGCGCAGGACGUGCCAGUAUGAGCGGAAGCAUGCUUGGUAUGGGCAGAAUGGGACCAGCAAGUCUAAAGGCAAGCUCGACUCGAGCACCAAGCUUGCUCGGCAUGACAGCGACAAUGAAUAGUCUCUCGUUAUCGCAACAGCAGCAGCAACAACAACAGCAACAAUUACAACCAGGACAACAGUACUAUCAAAGCAUCCCCGAAAACCCACCACCCAGCCAGAAUCAAGGCGUCGAACUUCACGACCCUAGCGAUCGCACACCAACAGAUAACCGCAUGUCCUUCCUCCCCAAUCUCCAGGCGCAACAAGGUGGUCCAAUGGAUUAUUCGCCUGUUGAUCGACUUGGUCCUUUCAAUGAUGAAGGGCACCAGCACCAACCUGGUAACUACCAAAACGCAUACCAUCCACAACAACAGCAGUAUCAAUCUAGCGGUAGCGGUCUAAGUGGUCAGGUACCUGAUGUGCUCCGUCCCGGUCCUGCAGAUGAGGCAAACCAGAGCGGGACGUGGAAUGGAAGAGAGUUUUACAGUGAUAGCACGCCGUAUCACUCUUACGAUAACACAUCACCAGACCCGAAUAUGCAGCAGCAAAACCAACAAACAUGGACGAUGGACUCCCAACAACAUAGCCAGGGAUAUGAUCCCGGAUAUAGUGAAGAAGUAACGAGAUAUGUUAGUCACGGUUCGUACGAUAGUAGAGCCGGUGGUGCAGGAGGUGGUGGCGGCGGAUUGAGAGUAGCAAACCGCGACUCUACGGCGAGUGAGAGUGAGGAUGAUAGUUGGAAGAGGGAUGUUCUAGCUCAAAUGAAUUUCGCUGGCGGGCCUGGUGGCCCACCUGGGGGGAACCAUGCGCAAUAG